AUGUCUACUGCUAAAGCUGUCGGUAUCGAUCUUGGGACGACUUACUCUUGCGUGGGUGUCUGGCAGAAUGAUCGGGUUGAAAUCAUCGCCAACGAUCAGGGCAACCGCACGACACCAUCCUAUGUCGCUUUCACAGAAACCGAACGUCUGAUCGGUGAUGCCGCUAAGAACCAGGUGGCUAUGAAUCCACACAACACUGUGUUCGAUGCCAAGCGUUUGAUUGGGCGAAAGUUCGAUGAACCUGAAGUCCAGUCUGAUAUCAAACAUUUCCCCUUCAAAGUUGCUAACAAGGGCGGUAAGCCCACAAUACAAGUCGAGUACCGUGGUGAACAGAAGGACUUUACUCCCGAAGAAAUUUCCUCCAUGGUCCUCAUCAAGAUGAAGGAGACUGCUGAGGCCUAUCUUGGUCAAACCAUCACCAAUGCUGUUGUCACUGUCCCCGCAUACUUCAACGACUCGCAACGACAGGCUACGAAGGAUGCUGGUGUUAUUGCCGGUUUGAACGUUCUUCGUAUCAUCAACGAGCCCACCGCUGCUGCUAUCGCUUACGGUCUCGACAAGAAGGUUCAGGGCGAGCGCAACGUCCUUAUUUUCGAUCUUGGGGGCGGUACUUUUGAUGUGUCGCUUUUGACCAUUGAAGAGGGUAUCUUCGAAGUCAAGGCCACCGCCGGUGAUACUCACUUGGGUGGUGAAGAUUUCGACAACCGUCUCGUUAACCACUUUGUUCAGGAGUUCAAGCGCAAGCACAAGAAAGACCUUUCGUCCAAUGCUCGUGCCCUUCGACGAUUACGUACAGCAUGCGAGCGUGCCAAGCGUACUCUUUCUUCCGCUGCUCAGACUUCGAUCGAAAUUGACUCCCUCUAUGAGGGUAUCGACUUCUACACUGCCAUCACUCGCGCUCGUUUCGAAGAACUUUGCCAAGACCUCUUCCGCAGCACGCUCGACCCAGUCGAGAAGGUUCUUCGCGAUUCCAAGAUCGACAAGUCGAACGUCCACGAGAUUGUCUUGGUUGGCGGGUCGACUCGUAUUCCUCGUAUCAUGAAGCUCGUCUCGGACUUCUUCAACGGCAAGGAGCCCAACAAGUCGAUCAACCCUGACGAGGCUGUCGCCUAUGGUGCCGCCGUCCAGGCUGCUAUCUUGUCCGGGGAUACCUCGGAAAAGACUCAGGAUCUUCUCCUCCUUGAUGUUGCCCCUCUUUCCCUUGGUAUCGAGACCGCCGGUGGUGUCUUCACUCCUCUCAUUAAGCGUAACACGACCGUGCCCACCAAGCGGUCCGAGAUUUUCUCCACAUAUUCCGACAACCAGCCCGGCGUAUUGAUUCAGGUGUACGAGGGUGAGCGUGCACGCACCAAGGACAACAACCUUCUCGGCAAGUUUGAACUUUCUGGUAUCCCCCCUGCACCACGUGGCGUUCCUCAGAUCGAGGUCACAUUCGAUGUUGAUGCGAAUGGUAUCUUGAACGUCUCGGCUGCCGAUAAGACGACCGGCAAGUCGAAUCGUAUCACGAUUACCAACGAUAAAGGUCGUCUAUCGAAAGAGGAAAUCGACCGCAUGGUAUCUGAGGCUGAGAAGUACAAGCAAGAAGAUGAAGAUGCUGCUGCCCGUAUUUCAGCUAAAAACGGUCUUGAGUCGUACGCUUACAAUUUGCGCAACUCGAUUCAAGAUGAGAAGCUCGCCGACAAGUUCGAAGCUGCGGAUAAGGAGAAACUUGAGAAGGCGAUCAAGGAGGCGAUCUCGUGGCUGGAUGUUUCGCAGGAGGCCAGCAAGGAGGAGUACGAGGAGAGGCAGAAGGAACUUGAGCAGAUUGCGAAUCCCAUCAUGCAGAAGUUGUACGGUGGUGCUGGCGGGCCUGGUGGGCCAGGCGGCUUCCCUGGUGCCGGUGGCUUCCCUGGUGCGGGCGGCUUCCCUGGCGCUGGCUUCCCGGGUGGUGCUCCUGGUGGUUUCCCUGGUGGCCAGGGAGCCGAUGAUGGUCCGAGCGUUGAGGAAGUCGAUUGA